AUGAAGAGGAAAACAAGCAUCAGAUAUAAGACAACUCUCGAACGAAAUGGAGAAAUUUCUGGGUUGAAAAUGAAAGGUUUCGGAAUGGAACGAAAUGGAGCUCAAGAAAAUUUUUGGAAAAAAAAAUUUUUUUUUUGGAAAAUUUUUCUCGUUCCCAGGGUUCUCUUCUACCCACCCUCCGUAGGGCGGGUAGGAGAGAACCCUGGGAACGAGGUUGGGAAAUUUUCAAGGAGAAGAUGAGAGCAGAAGGGAUUUUAAGUUUCUCUGCAGGUUUCCUGUCAAGCAUUUCUACUUUAGUUUAAUAGCAGAAAUACUUGGAAGAAGAGUUUAAGAACUCAAAAAGGAAAUAGAACAUUUUGGUUAAGAAAUUGUCACGUAAACUUCUUUUUUGUUUGCUAAACACAAGAAGUGUGCGAAGCCAAUUUAAAGAUGACGAAUAAUAAAUUAAAUUAAUUAUUAUUAAAUUAAAGAAUUUGGUAGAUCGUAAAGGAUGUUUAGCCUACAAGGAUAUAACACCCUUCGAUCGAUACUUACACAAUUCUUCAGAUCUUAUGAAAGCCGAUUUCAAUAAUAUUUUAUUAUUCAUUUAAAAUAAUUCAAAACACUGACUGAAAGGGUCUUCUAAUUUUGGUCAACGCGUGCUUGUUGUGAAGAAUUAACUGGGGGAUUUUUUAGCCAAUCAGACUGAAACGGAGAAAUAUUUUGAAUGAAAAGUUAGCUACAGGACCCUUUUGAUAACAGUUCUUUUUAUUAGAACUGACAGGUUAUCCUGUAUAAAUAUUCGCGUUAUUAUUAUCAUUAUUAUUAUUAUUAUUAUUAUUAUUAUUAUUAUUAUUAUUAUUCUCUAGGCAAUGUUGACCCUGACGUUGAGAACAUUGCCAGUAGGGAAAAGAAAAGAACUGCGUGACAUGAUCUUGUUCUUUCUUGUUAUCUUCAUUGACAAUGAGGAGAGAUCAAAGUCUUGUUUCAGAAGACCUUAAUCUGCUGAGCAAGAACGAAGGAGAAAUUAGAAUUUCUGAACUAAACAGCGAAAACCAGAGACUGGGGAGCGAGUUUUCUACCUGGGAAAUAGAGGUAAAAACGAAAUUGAACGAUAAAAGAAAUGAUAUUGAAGAGGUGUGAGGCAAGAAAUUGAAGAACAACAAGAGAGUUGUUUGAAAGAUCCUGCAGUUUAAUCUGAGAUCAGGCUCAAUUUUCGUUUCGCUUUGUAAUAACAUUCCGGCGGGCAAGCCGUAAGAGAGAAUGUAUGAGAACCGCUAAAAUUGGGCCUGACCUCAGGUUACCUGCAGUUAGGAUGUCUCACCCAACUGCUUUGCCACAAAUUCCGUCGUUAAGUUUUAGAGGAAGAACUGAUCGAGUGACGAAAGUUUUAGUCAUAGGUCUUAGACUUAACUAGCUGUAGUUUGACCAUAUUAUACUGAUCAUAAUAGUUUUAAAUGACAGGGUGGUGUCUCUAAUAUGUCCCGCACGGACUUUUGUGUUCCCUUCGCUCUUAACCUCUUCAAACUAUAUAUACAUUUUAUUUAUUUAUCUAUUACAAUAGAUAAAAAUUUUGUUAUUUUUAUUUAUUAUUUUAGAUUUAUUUAAGCAUUGCUCUGGACUGCUGUAGUUAUAUCCCCUUUAAAGCUGUUAGAUUAAAAUAUUUUUUAAUUGAGAUGUAUCCGAACUAUUUUUGACAACAUUAGGCCUUCACGGAUCGAUGGCUACGAAUUUAGGCCCUCAAUAGUCUUGCUCUUUUCUGCUGUGUCUUGGAUGUGGACCAUUUCGCGUUUAUACUGAAAUCAAUACUGAGUAGUCGCCUUCUGGCUGACAAAAUUUAGGCCAUUUUUUUAGGAAUAACGCGUUUAAAUAUUCUACUUUAACGGAAUUAGCCUGGCUAAUAGGUACUCAGCUUGCUUUAUUCUGGUAACAUAUGUAAAGUCAGCGUGUUGCACAGAAGUGAUGGUAGAAAUGACGUCAAAGUCUCCGGAAUAUCCCGCAAUUCCCGACAAAUCAAAGAAGAAGUAGGAUCAACAAAUUGAACUAAAACUGGACCAAAAGCGUGAGAAUAGCUUUUUCAAGAGCGGCGAAAUAGUUAAAUAGAUAACUGAGAAACAAGGAUGACUGAACAACUCAGAGAAUGGACUCCAUACUACCCCACAAAGUAUUACAAAACAACAUUUGGCAUUCUCCAAGCUGCUUAGUCAGCCUUGCUUGUCAUUUUGGUUGUUCCAUAAAAACUUGCUGACUAGAUCAGUCACCUACAGGAUCCGUCACCUUUGUCUUGUACGUUCGCCCUUGAUAGUUCCCUUCAAAUCUGACCGGUACAUCAGGUUUUAGUUUAGCGUCCGUUAAAGAAAUUUUUGAAGGCUAAGAAGUAAAAGAAGGUAUUUUUAAACACAGUGGUGCUCGGAUUACCUUAAUUAUUAUUAUUAUUAUUAUUAUUACUAUUAUUAUUAUUAAUAAUAUAAUACAUUUACCUUAUGCUUUCUUAACUGAAGCAUUAUUACAUCAGCUGUACUGUUUCCUUGGUUUAUUUCGUGCUGUGUCGGUUUAAGGUAUGCGGUUGGAAUGAAGAGUCCUAAAUGAUCAUUUAUGCAUUAAUGUAAAAAACUCGAAGAGAUAUAUAUCCUCUGUUGCUAGUGGACGCUUUUAGAUGUCGCUUUUUCAUAAUUUUCUUGCUUUCCCGUUUUUUGCUGACAUAGCUGACCUUCUAAUAAAUGUGCCUUUGUUAAUGAAGUAGUGGAAAAUAAUCGGGGGCAAAAAUCAAAUAUUAAGACAAUGAUGCUGCAGUAUAAUAUUUUAGAGCUCCCUGACUGUGCACAAUCUUUUCUCCUUUGGUCCACAUUUUUUAAGUAAAUCAAUAAAUGGGACGUUUCUAUUGGUAAGUUUGCUUCAAAAUGCAUGAUAGGAAUGUUGUACAUUCACUGUCAGUACACGGUCAAAAGCGCUAGCACAAUCAUAUUAUAUAGAAAUCUGUUGGGCUUUAUAACAAUUGCACUCUAUACACUACGGUCCGUCUGGAAAGUUCGGUUUAGUUUAUUUGACCAAAAUCACAAGUAGAGCACAGAGAAAGCAACACGCUUUUCUUUUGUGACCGGGUAAAAACAAUUAAAUCGCUUUCAAUAAACGGCCCCGUGUUCUUUCUCAGCGUGCUGCUCAUUUAGCCCUAUGAUUAAAACGGUUUCUUUUUAUAGCUUUGAAAGCUUUUACACAGAACUAAGAAAUUUGUUCAACCGCUCGUGCACCUGCAGUCUCGUCAUAGUUGGCCAGUCCAUCUUUGCCGUCAAGGUACUAACAGUGGAGUUGCACAUGCAUUCUGAAGUAAAGACCUUCAAAAAGGUAAUCAAUUUGCGAUUUUAAACGUUAACGUCCUGGAGUUAGUGUUUUGUAUGUGUUAAAGGAUGGUACGAAGAAGUAACUCAUACGGAAAGUGGAGUGCAAUUACAUCAGCGGCGAGAAUCGCGAUCGCCCAAAACAAGCGCGAAACAAUGUCACUUAUGAGAAAAAACCAAGGUCUGAUAAGCGAGUCCGAUUGUGCAGUGAAAGCCUUUUACAGAGAGAAAGCCAGGGCUAAUAGCUUUCUUCAAGAGGUACAUGAACACAGAAAAAAAUCCCGUAUUUUGCAACCUAAAUGGGAUGAAAAUGGCAAUGUUCUGGAUGAAAAAGAAACAGCGAAAAAUGAAAAGAAACUCCAAGGAUUGAGACUGCCCAGUUUAGACAACGACCAGGAAGAAAAAUCUCGAGAACAAGUCCAUGAGUUGGGAAGAGGUCCAUUAUUCAAGCUAAAUAAUGGCAAAAUGGAGUCAUCAAAAGAAUUAAUUGGUGGGAAUAAACUUGAAAAUGGUACAAUUAAACAACUGCAGAAGAGUAGAAAUGAAUUUAGGGAAGCCUGGAUGUUAAAUGAGCGAAACAGUGAAGAUAAACUUGAAAAGAAGAUACCUGCAGAGUUGAAAAAAGGGUUUGUUGAAAAUGAAGAAAAUAAGGGAAGUUCGAAAGAAGGAACUGGUGUCGAUAAGCUCGAAAAAAGCAGCCUUGAGACCAAGAAAGAAACAAACGUUCCCUUUGCCAAGAGACCUUUUAAAAUUCGCUCUAGGGCAACGAGCGUAUGCAUUUCUUGUCAACACUUUCACUGCCAGAAUUUGCUUUCGGUGUACGGACCAAAGAUCGAACGAAAAUGGUCCGACGAACUUCGAUUAAAUGACAGAUGCGAAUCAAGUAGGAAAGACUCCCGAAAGCUGAGCCUUCCAAUGAUUCGGCGGAUGUCAGAUGUAACUGAUUUAAAGAUUCGACGAAUGUCAGAUGUAACUGAUUUAAAGAUGCGGUCAGUUUAUAUGAGUUGA